UCCUGAAGCUGGGACUGUGACCUUGAGGACGUGGGGUCAGGAUGGCUCUGGGCAGACACGUCUCCCUGCAGGGACUCUGUGUCCUCCUCCUCGGCACCGUGGUGGGUGGUCAAGUUUUGGAGCUGAGGCUGAAGGACGGAGCCCACCGCUGUGAGGGGAGAGUGGAAAUGAAGUACAAAGGAGAAUGGGGCACAGUGUAUAUUGAGUACUGGCUCAUAGAAUCUGUAGAAGAGGUGUGCAGACAACUGGAAUGUGGAGUUGCCAUUGAUGCUCCCAGAGGGUCUUAUUUUGGACCAAGACUUGGCCCCAUUUGGUUUUUAUAUGUUUCUUGUGAGAGUAGAGAGGUUGAAUCAACUUUGAGUCUCUCUGAGUGUGUUCAUAUUGAUUUUAAAAACUAUAAUGACACCUUCUCUCAUGACCAGGAUAUUGGAGCAGUCUGCUCAGGAUCUGUGCGUCUGUUUGGAGGGGAUACACCCUGCUCAGGGCGUGUAGAAGUACAUUCUGGAAAAGCCUGGAUCCCAGUGUCUGAUGGGAAUUUCACACUCCCCACUGCCCAGGUCAUCUGUGCAGAGCUGGGAUGUGGCAAGGCCGUGUCUGUCCUGAAACACAUGCCCUUCAGAGAGUCUGAUGGCCAGGUCUGGGCUGAGGAGUUCAGGUGUGAGGGGGAGGAGCCUGAGCUCCGGGUCUGCCCCAGAGUGCCCUGUCCAGGGGGCACGUGUCACCACAGUGGAGCUGCUCAGGUUGCCUGUUCAGCUUACUCGGAAGUCCGGCUCAUGACAAACGGCUCCUCUCAAUGUGAGGGGCAGGUGGAGAUGAACAUUUCUGGACGAUGGAGAGCGCUCUGUGCCUCCCACUGGAGUCUGGCCAAUGCCAAUGUUGUCUGUCGUCAGCUCGGCUGUGGAGUCGCCAUCUCCACCCCCGGAGGACCACACUUGGUGGGCAGAGAUGACCAGAUCUCAACAGUCCGAUUUCACUGUUUGGGGGCUGAGUCUUUCCUGUGGAGUUGCCCUGUGACUGCCCUGGGUGGUUCCGACUGUUCUCAUGGCAACACGGCCUCUGUGAUCUGCUCAGGUAAGAGAGAGGGAAGGGCUAUUGAUACUCAGGAGGCUCUUGGAGUGAUAUGUCUCCAAGAGCAGAGAGGGAGGGAAAAUUGACUUCAAAAGUUAGAUAUUUCAUGAUGAAAUACAGGUUUUGUUAUUAUUCAUUCAUGUUUCAGAUCAGGG